AUGCCUCCUUUGGCAGGUUUCUCCGACAACGCUUUCCGCAGUCACGCCGACUUUAAGACCGCUUCUAUUACUUUGCUUCGCGCACUGAAACCGUACCAGUCGCCUGACGGAGCGCGAAUAAGGCUACCGUUAGUCACUGGGACUCAUUUUGAUGAUGUAGCUGCCCAACUCGAGGGAUAUGCUCGAGCACUGUGGGCUGUGGGCACGCUCUUACACUCGUCUCUUGUCACGAAGGAUGAAUACAACGAGUUGAUCGAGCCUUAUGUCAAGGGUCUCGCAAAUGGCACAGAUCCGAAACAUGCUGAAUAUUGGCUGCCGGUAGUACUUCGCGAUCAACGAAUGGUGGAGAUGGAAAUUAUCUCUUUUGCGCUACUGGCCGCACCGGAUGCAAUGUUCCUUUCUCAAUCAGAAAGGGCGAAACAGAACAUCACGGAGUGGCUGAAAACCAUCAACGGAAAAGACUUUCCACAAACGAACUGGCUGUGGUUCAGAGUAAUGACUAAUUUGGCUCUGGUGAAAGUAUGCGGUGUGGCUCACGAUGAGGUUGUGGACGCGAUGAAAGCAGACUUGGACACUAUGGAGCAAUUCUAUCUGAGCGAUGGAUGGGCAGCCGAUGGCUUUUGGAGUGAAGAUGGUCGACAAGCUGACUACUAUUCGGGGAGCUUUGCGAUCCAGUUUUCGCAACUCAUAUACGCCAAGAUGGCGCGAGACAUUGACCCGGAGCGGUGCGAUCGAUUCAUUGGAAGGGCGAAAGAAUUUGCCGUUUCUUUUUGGAGAUACUUCGAUACCAAUGGAGCUGCUAUCCCUUUUGGCCGGAGCCUUACGUAUCGCUUCGCUUUCGCCGGCUUCUGGUCUGCUAUAGCGUUUGCCGACGUGAAGCUGCCAUCUCCUCUUGAUGACUGGGGUGCAGUCAAAGGACUUCUCUUGCGCCACUUCCGAUGGUGGAGCACUAAGCACGACAUGUUCAACGUCGAUGGGACGCUGACCAUAGGCUUUACAUAUCCUAACAUGUACAUGGGCGAAGACUACAAUAGUCCUCAAUCGCCAUAUUGGGCUCUGAAAUCAUUCCUUGCGCUCGGAAUACCGGACAACCAUCCCUUCUGGACUGCCCAGGAGAAGAAACUUCCGACAAGCAAUACUCUCUCAGUGGUUCCCAAUGGCCCACCGAUGCAUAUCAUCUGCAACAACGGCAACCAUCAUUUCCUCUUGUCCAUGGGGCAAUACUGUCCAUGGCCGCUCAAGGCGACUGAAGCCAAAUAUGGAAAAUAUGCAUACUCGUCUCAUUUUGGUUUCAGUGUCCCAACUGGCACCCUGAUACAGCAAAUUGCACCGGACAACACACUGGCGCUAAGUAAGGAUGGCGGUGAUACAUGGCGUGUGCCAUGGAAGGUUUCCGAGCACAACUUUGGCACGGCUACGGUGCGCAGCAAUGAAGACGUAAAAGAGAUAGUGACAACAUUGCGGAGCAAGUGGAAGCCAUGGAGAGACGCUGAUAUUGAAGUCACUACAACUCUUAUACCACCAACGAAGCGCUGGCCUGACUGGCAUAUUCGUGUUCACGAGAUCAGUAAUAGGGGCUUCAGUGAGACUCCAAUCCAGUCUGUCCAAGGAGGUUUUGCUAUACAUGGACGAGGAGCGGCACUUGGAGAGGUGUUGCUUGCUAAGCAAGAUGUAGCAAGCCUAGUGGCAAGAGACGCCGAAUCUUUUGUUGAAGGCAUACUCCAUACUAGUGAUGGAGCCUUAGUCUGUUCGAGCGCAGGAGCGAGCGGGAUCCGGGCAACCGAUUUAAUCCGGCCUCACGACACGGGCCUCCGAUCCUUGAACGAGACCCAAAGAGCGGAGAUAUUGAAACCUGAUGCUAACACGAAUCUCAUGUGGCAAAGAACUUUGAUUCCGACCAUCACGUCCAGCUUUGUUUCACAGAAGAGCGACUUCCUCGCCUCUGCUGUUUUCGCAUUAGCAAGGACUUCCGAUAGGGAACAGUGUUAUUCUUCGCUCGAUAUUGGUGAGUUGUGGGAGGACGUGCCCGUACUAUCUGUUACCGCGGGUAGUGUCGAUCACCCUGACUGGUAUAUCUCACUAGAAUGA